UGUAGAAGUUCAAGCACACUAUGCUGAAGACCUGUCCUGAGGGUGCUGUAGAAAGUCUCCAGAGGGUCAUUUCAUGGGGGAAAAUCCUGCCAAGAACCAUUAUGCACAGCUUAACCAGGGAGAAGAGAAUGAGAUGGACAUAUUUGGCUACAAAACUCAAAGCUGCCGAAAGGCUUUGUGCAUUGCUGGAUACAUCUUGUCCUGUGGGGCUCUGAGGCUGCUGUUUUACUGGAAGCCCGAGUGGGAUGUGUGGGUAAACUGCAUCCGAUGCAGCUUGGAAGAAGCUGAUAUUGUUCUGCUUAGAACAACAGAUGAUUUUAGGACUUAUUCUCGUAAGACUGUGACAUGGAUCUCAGUGUCUGCAUUUAUCAAAAGUAAAUCAGAUUAUCCAGCCACUGAGGAAGACUCAAUCUUCAGCAAAGCCAUACUGAAGCCAAGUUUGCAAGUGAGAGCUAUCCAAGUACAAAAAAUAUGCUAUGUCUGGAAUAUCUAUGCAAAACAGUUCCAGAGAGUUGGAGUCCUAGAAGACCACUACACUUGCUCAGCUAUACAUGAUAAAUUUGGUUCUGGUCUCACCUGCAACGAACAGAAUGUCAGGAGAGUUAUAUGUGGGCCAAACACUAUCGAUGUUCCAGUGAUCCCUAUUUGGAAACUACUCAUCAAAGAGGUCCUAAAUCCAUUUUACGUGUUCCAGCUGUUCAGUGUGUGUCUGUGGUUUGCUGAAGAUUACAUGGAGUAUGCCACUGCCAUCAUAUUCAUGUCUCUUGUCUCAAUAUUUUUGACUGUAUAUGAUCUUAGAAAGCAAUCCAUUAAACUGCACAGACUGGUUGAGUCUCAUAACAACAUCAUGGUCACUGUCUGCAGAAAUAAGGAAGGGUUCCAAGAGCUGGAAUCACACCAUCUCGUUCCUGGAGAUAUGCUGAUUUUGAAAGAGGGCAAAACCCUUUUGCCUUGUGAUGCCAUCCUGGUGAGCGGGCAAUGCACUGUAAAUGAAAGCAUGCUGACAGGAGAAAGUAUUCCUGUAACAAAGAUCCACCUACCCCGAGCUGAUAAUUUCAAGGCCUGGAGAGAGUACUGUGCAGAAGAUUACAAAAAACAUGUCCUCUUCUGUGGAACAGAGGUCAUCCAGACCAAGGCAGAUGACAGAGGAGUAGUGAAAGCUGUGGUGCUGCGGACUGGUUUCAACACAGCCAAGGGGGAUCUGGUGAGGUCCAUCCUCUACCCUAAACCCAUGAACUUCAAGCUGUACAGAGAUGCCCUCCGGUUCCUGAUGUGCCUCAUAGCAUUUGCAGCCAUUGGAAUGAUCUACACAGUGUGUGUAUUUGCACUUAAUGGGGAGGAGACAGGAGAAGUGGUGAAGAAGGCUUUGGAUGUUAUCACUAUUGCUGUCCCACCAGCUCUGCCAGCUGCCUUGACAACAGGAAUCAUUUAUACCCAACAGAGGUUGAAGAAAAAGGGCAUCUUUUGCAUCAGCCCACAGAGGAUCAACAUGUGUGGACAGCUGAACCUUGUCUGCUUUGACAAAACUGGGACCUUAACAGAAGAUGGCCUGGAUCUUUGGGGCUUCCUGCCCUCUGAAAGAAACUGCUUUCAGGAUAUUCACAGUUUCCCUGCAGACCACGGCCUGCCUUGGGGCCCAGUGUUCAAAGCACUGGCAGUUUGUCAUUCAUUGAUUGUUUGGGAGGGAAAGAUCCAAGGAGACCCAUUGGAUGUGAAAAUGUUUGAGGCCACUAACUGGGUAAUAGAUGAUUCCAGCAGACACCAGAUUGAAGGUCAAGGGCCCACAUGUGCCACAGUUGUUAGACCUGGACUUAAAGCCACCUCUGCCCCUGUGGAAGGAAUUAUCAUUUUACAUCAGUUCCCAUUUUCCUCAGCCUUGCAAAGAAUGUCUGUCAUUGCCCAGGAAAUUGGUGGGGAUCCACAAGCCUUCGUAAAAGGGGCCCCUGAAAUCGUAGCCAUGCUGUGUAGAGCAGAAACAGUCCCAUCAAACUUUGAAAGCAAGCUCCUGCUCUACACAGCACAGGGCUUUCGGGUCAUUGGACUGGCCUGUAAAUCUCUGCAGGCAGGGAAGCCUCCUGCUGCUCUAACAAGGGAGGAGGUAGAAUCUGAUCUGACAUUCCUGGGUCUGCUGAUAAUGGAGAAUCGAUUAAAGAGGGAGACAAAGCCUGUUCUGGAAGAGCUCAGUGCUGCCUGCAUCAGGAGUGUUAUGGUCACAGGGGACAACAUUCAGACAGCUAUAACAGUUGCCAAAAAUGCUGGCAUGAUUCCUCCAACACACAGAGUGAUUCUUGUGGAAGCAAACAAAGUGCCUGGAUCUUUUUCAGCAUCUAUAACCUGGAAAUCCCUAGAAGAAAACAAAACUGAAGAUUACAGAAGCACGGAAGAUGACAGUCAGACUGAGCCAGGAGUCAGGCUGGCAUUGGGAUCAAGCCAGUAUCAUUUUGCCAUGAGUGGAAAGUCUUACGAAAUUGUAGCACAGCAUUUCAGGCACUUACUUCCAAAGCUCUUGCUGAAUGGAACAGUUUUUGCUAGAAUGUCUCCUAGUCAGAAAUCCAGCCUUGUAGAAGAGUUUCAAAAGCUGGAUUAUUUUGUGGGCAUGUGUGGAGAUGGAGCCAAUGACUGUGGGGCUUUGAAAGUGGCACAUGCAGGGAUAUCACUGUCGGAGCAGGAGGCAUCUGUGGCUUCACCUUUCACGUCACAAAUGCCCAGCAUAGCCUGUGUUCCAGAGCUAAUCAGGGAAGGCCGUGCUGCUCUUGUCACUUCCUUCUGCAUGUUCAAGUACAUGGCACUGUACAGCACAAUUCAGUACCUUGGUGUUCUCCUGCUUUACUGGCAACUAAACUCCUUUGGGAAUUACCAAUUUUUGUUCCAAGAUCUCGCUAUUACCACCAUAAUUGGUGUGACAAUGAGUUUCACAGGUGCCUAUCCAAAGCUGGUCCCCUACAGGCCUCCAAGCCAGCUCAUCUCACCCCCGUUGCUGCUCUCUGUUGUACUUAACAUCCUCUUCAGCCUCGGCAUGCAGAUCUUUGGGUUUGUGAUGGUCCAGGAGCAGCCCUGGUAUUCCAAGACCAAUAUACACAGUGCCUGCCUGUCAGUGAACAACCAUGAGAGGAAUUCAUCCUCCAGCCUGGGGCUCCACGGGGUGGAAGAUGGAGCCCAGGAGCAAACAGACAAUGGCUUCAAGAGCUAUGAAAACACCACAGUGUGGCUGCUAAGUACCAUCAAUUGCCUCAUUGUAGCACUAGUGUUUUCCAAGGGAAAGCCUUUCAGGCAACCUAUCUACACCAACUAUGUCUUCAUACUGGUGCUCACAGGGCAGCUGGGCAUUUGCCUCUUCUUGAUAUUUGCUGACAUUGAUGAUCUCUACUCCAAGAUGGAUCUUGUUUGCACCCCUACCAUGUGGCGAGUCUCCAUGGUGAUAAUGCUUGCAGUCACACUUGCUGUGUCCUUCCUUGUUGAGGAAGCUGUUAUUGAGAACAGAGCCCUGUGGCUGCUUCUGAAAAAGACAUUCCGGUACCACUCAAAGAGCCACUACAAGAGGCUGCAGCAUGUGUUGGAGCAGGACUCAGCCUGGCCACCUCUGAAUGAAACCUUCUUCUCAGAUUCCGUGGCAGUAACAGUAGAAGGAAAUACGGGAGGCCAUAGCAAUCCAACAUUUGACAGCAGUGAGGACUCACUCUGAAGGAAACCGCAGUGGGCACACGCCCAGGACAGUUGCAUUUCACCUUAAAAGGAGUCUGACUUAAAAAGAAGGUCUUACUCAUUACAGCUCUCCCAUUCUAGGAAUAACCAGCUCUCUUGCUUACAUCUAAAUUAACUGGAAGCAUGAAAUCUGCAAUAACAUAAAGUCACAAUGAUGUUUUCUCUGUUCCCUUGCCCAUACACAAAUGGCUGCUAGCUGUAAAUCGAACACCUUGCUGAAUGUUGGUAGAGUAUUUGUGGUUGAAACACCCCAUUGCUGCUUCCCUCUGUUGAACUGCAUUAUGCAGUCCCUAAGGGUGGAGGAUGCUCCGGAUGAAAAGUAGCUAAUUGCAAUAGCAGCACUCCUCUUGGCAGAUCCUCUUUGAGAAAACAAGUAGAACUUACUCCUGAUAGAGGCUGCUGAGCACAGGCAUUCCUGGGAUUCUUCAUGGAGUUUCAGAUUUUUUUUUUUUUUUUUUUUUUUUUGGAGGUUUUAACCCUUCUGGCAAUAAUUGGCUUCCAAAGCUGAAAGGAGCUGCAAACAGCCAAAGCUUUCUAGAAGUGUCUACUCUCAGCACCACUGUGCUCUUCUCAUGAUGGGAACAGAAAGAGCUCUCUAGGUAGCUCACUGAUAUCAGGAAACCUGUUUGCCUUCUUCGUUUUUAGCAAGUGCAAGUUUUUGCAUUUUAUGGCUAAAAUUUUUUUUUCCUGCAAAGCAGAAUGAUUUCAUUAUUUAACCUUAUUUUUUUCGGUGAGAGGUAUUGCUCAGGAUAUCCAUUAAAAAAAUUAGAAUAGAAUGUAUUAAUUACAAAUUAUGAUCUCGUCCUGUGGGUCUUCAAGGACACACUUGUGUCCCUUAUGGGGUGAGCUUGCUUUAUUAAGGCAGGUGCUGCAUAGCUGGGCUGCCUCCUGGCAUCAGCUUUACCAGUGCCAAAAGAAGCAAACAUUGAAGGGGUUAUUAACCCCAAAGACCUAAGGCCUGAAAUAAAAGAUGUGGAGCCAGCCAGGUCUCAAAAUAACUCUUUAAAAUUCUGUGGAGUGUUCUUAAGUUGAACCAUCUGAGGUUUAGUCUCUGGUUUCUCUAUAAUUGUAGGUGCAAUUCAUUCAUCAGCUCAUACCCCUCAUCUGUUAAUCUUUGAUGGAGAAUUUUACUCAAUUUGCUGUGCUGUGUUUGCCAUACAUAAAUGCAACAACACUUCACAUUCCUGCAAGUGUUACCUACUCAAAAAAAAUGCAGCUUCUACCUGCACAUACUCUCUUAGCCCACUGAUGUUAGUCUGCCUUUCUCCUCACUGCAUUUUGCAAUCUUGGUCCCCAGCUGCAUAAAACAACAAGAUAGUCAAUCAGAAGGGCUUUGGACCAAGAGGAACACUUCCUUCUUUGGAUAAGGUGUGCAGGGGAGCUGUGCCUUCUGAGUUGACUUCGCAGGUUGUUUUCCAUGUUUUUACUGGGUGGGGCUGAGAAGCACUUUAUUACUGGAAACUGUAUUUUCCCACCACUGUGUGCUGAAGCACUCUUGUGCUGUCACAGAAAGCCAGGAAUCAGGCAAGCUAGAAAUCAUGGGAAAGACUUCUUUGGUUUUUAGACUUAAAAAGCAGCUUGGGAAACAAAGAGCAAAUCAGAAGAAAUUCUUAAUUGUAUUGAGUCAACAUAUCUGCACCAAAGUAGAGUCUGAAAAUAAUCUAGCCUGAAUCUAAAAAUAACCAAGAAAAUAAAGAAAUAAUAGCUAAGGAAAAAAAAAAAAAAGAGACAAAACCCCAACAAACUCAACCAAACAAUAUUUCAACUUGAACAAAACAUUUAUUUGACUCAAAGCAAUUUUAUCAUCUGUUUUUGACAAGUUUGAUAUAAGCAAAUGGAGUAAAUGCUUUUCUACCUACAGUAGUUUACCUAAUGGUAAAUGUCUGUCACAAAGCCACACAACCUGAAACAAACUAGAAAUAUUUUGUAUUAAUUCCUAGAAGUGACUCCAAAGUUUUCAUGAGUUCUCAGUUCACAGUAAAAUCCACUGGAAGGGGAAGGCUAGAUGCUCUCUGCAUUCUUUACAGCUUGAGGCACCAAAGAGCAGGUUAAUGGAGUUACUGCCUUUUUUAGAUACAGUAACAUUUUUCUUGAAGGCAAAAUUCACUAUCCUACAAUGAACUCCCCCACAAAAUGAAAUGUUGCUGCAUGUGCUUCAGUGACAGAGGAAGUAGUAUUGCAGACUGGGCAUGUGACUUAUAGAUACCACUGACAAUAUGAAAGUAUCAAGUCUUGGUAAACCUGUGAUAAUUGGGUUGAGGAGAUAAAGACCUGCUUGCCUGCUGCUGAAAUACAGCCUUGCCUGCAAGAGAACAGAAUUCAGAUGGUAAUGAUUAACCUCUGCCACUCUGAGCGCAGCACUUGGGGGGACAGUUAUGAAGAUUUCACGUGGGUGCUUUGGGAUGGGGUGACUGAUACUUCAUAGACACAAUCCAUGGUGGAAAUGAACCAUGGUGGUGAACCUUUUUUUUGGCAAUUAGCGCACAUUCCUGGCAGAAAGGGUGCACGGACUAAUAGGAAGCUAAGGGGUGCUGCAUACUUGUAACAGCUAAAUAUUUUCCUUAUGUUGACUGUCCCUUCUUGGAGAGCAGUACUGUCGAAGACUGAUCUCCUCCUCCUCUGCUGUUGGAGCUUAUUCCUGACAGAACUUUCCCUGUGGACGGGGACGUUUUUGCUUCCUGACUGAGCGAAAACACAGACUUGGAGAGCUCAUGCUUUUUGCAGCUGCUGGGACCGCAGCCAAAUCAUAGCUGCCCUUUCAUGGAGGCUCUUGCUGAUGAUCUUUAGUGGAAUUUCUUUAGCACAGCUAAGGCACACUCAUUCCUCUUUAACAGACUUGGUUUAGUAGUCCGGAGACUACAAAUCACCAGAGAAAUGUUACUGCUGCUGCUGGACUUGCCUGUGGCCUCAACAGCAGGGUAAAGAAAAAGCAUGUUUUAGAAUAGAGAAAAAUAUUCACAGAAUUGCUAUUUUUAAUUGCUUCUUUCACCUUAUAACUUCCUUUUCUCCUGACAUAGGCACAGGAUGUUUUUUUUUUUCUGCAUAAAUAAGGAAACGCUGCAGGACUGAUCUUCCUCUACAGAGGACAAAACAGAUAUUGUGGAUAAGAGGGGAAAUAGUUAUGGGUAGUUACUUGCUGAAUUUGCAUAUAGAAAUACCAGGCAUAUGUUUCUGCAUACAGGAUAUUGUUAUGCUGUCUGUGUUCACUUUACUGGGCUAUGGAUGCUACACGAGUGUCCUUAAAAUGGGAGACAUCUAUGGAUGUUUGAACUUUUAGUGAAGUAUGUUUGAAACCCUACAAAAUUAAUGAAAAGUUCCAGGACUUUUGAAAUUGGUUAGAUUUGAUGUUACCAACCUUUCAGUGCCCUCUGGAAAGGGGUUUUGAAGAGAACUCCAGCAUGGCACUCUGAAAAGUUUAUUUAAUUUGAACUUUGUACUUCCAUUCAAGACUGAAACUUCAUGUUUGAAAUACUGAUGGUAGUGCCUGGAGGCAGACUGGUCCCCAUAAGCUUGUGGUAGUUCAGGCCAGAUACAGCUUCAGUGUCCAAGGGCUGGCACCCUGAUUUAGUGUCUGUCUCUUUGUUCUAGUGAAUGUCGAAGAAUGCAUUAAAUUUUCAAUGAUGAACCAAAUUUGUCAGACGAAUAAUUCAUUUCAGUUCCAAUCUUUAUGCAGAAAACAUUUUCACUGGCUAUUUUAGUUCCACUAGCUCUACAGAAUAGUCUGAAGUCACUGCUUCUGAGAAUCUGAGUGAUGAAUAAUCUCUGAAAAACUUCAUUUAAACUUUUUGCUGUUAGCUAGCUAUCAAAAUAACAAAAAUUAUGCUCUCAGAUGUCUGUGGGGCUUGUGGCCUGUUUUGACAUAACACAUGAAAGUGAGUGAUGACUGUUGUUAUAAGGCUGACAGAAUGUAACAUAGCUAAAAGUAUGGAAGUACAAGGAAAUUAAACCAUCAUUUUAGCAGUAGUCUGAGGCUGAUUACUGCUGACCUCACAGACAGGUUUUCUUUUUUCCAAAUAAAUAUAUUCACAGUGACUUUCUUAAAUCCCAAAUUAUUGAAGACUUUUAUGCUAAUUCAGUCUUUUCCCUCCUGCAUAUUUGGGUACUGUC